AUGAGCGGCGUGGUUGAUGCUCUCUACAUAUACGACGAGCAAAACCAGCCUCUGGUCGAGCAGGUCUAUCGCUCUCGUCCGCCCUCCGCGGCCGCCAUCCGGCCCCUCUAUUUCGCUCACCCUGCCCCGCGCCCAUCGCUACUCUAUUUUCCGAAUGCCUCGCCGCCGGUAACGGUGUUUUCUAUUGUCGAGUCGAAUCUGCAUUUCCUAGCACUCUCAGAGUCCGACACCGAACCCCUCCUAGCCCUCGAGUUUCUCCAUCGCGUCGUCGAUAUCCUCGAAGAGUUCGUCGGAGCACCGUUAAUUUCGACCAAAGUACAGGCAAAUUACGAUGUGGUGGCCCAGCUGCUUCAUGAGAUGUGUGAUGCUGGCGUUGUCUGCAACACCGAGUUGAAUGCCCUGCAGGAAGCGGUGGAGAUGCCGGGAUGGAUGGGGAAACUGCUGGGCAAUGUUGGAUUGCCUGGAUCAUCAACCCCAAUAUUGGGGCAAUCUGGGCCCAAGCGACAACCAUUAACGUCCGCCAAUGCAGGGCUUGGACCGGCCAUUCCCUGGAGGCGCCCCGGUGUGCGACACACCUCAAACGAGCUUUAUGUUGAUGUUGUGGAAUCGCUCACAGUUACAAUGGCCCCAUCCGGACGUCUACUCUCUGCCCUAGUGUCAGGGACCAUUGCUUUCACAGCCAAAGUAUCCGGUGUUCCGGAACUAGUACUAUCCCUGACAGCACCGGGGGGGCAGCACGCCAUCGGACGGAAAAUACAACUACCUGUCUUCCAUCCGUGCGUUCGGCUUGCAAAAUGGCGCGAACGACCGGGUGAAUUAUGCUUCGUUCCUCCAGAUGGGCGUUUCAUUCUCGCUGGGUACGAGGUGGACUUGCUCCCACUCGACCCCAGCCUCGAUCAACCACCCAGUCAUAUGGAGAAGCUCUUUAUCCCCACUAUUGUUGACAUUCGAAAGUCUCUCGGGGCCGCUGGUUCCGAGUUCGAAGUGCGGCUAACACUCAAUCCAAACUUUCCCGGAUACCCCGUAAACCGACCUGGGACAGGCCGGGGAGGUUCUGGAACCUCGACGCCGUCUUUCCUGGGUGGAAACAGUAGCGGGAAUUCUGGCCCGGUGUUAGAGGAUGUUGUGGUGACCGUGCCGAUUCCCCAGUCUGUGCGAAAUAUAACAGGCAUGAAAGCUAGUCGUGGCGAGGCUUUCUUCAACCCUGGGCGCGGUGUACUGGAAUGGAAAAUUCCCACUAAAGAUGCAGGGAGUGUAUCCGGAACAGCUACCCUUCGUUGCACGGCUGUCGGGCAUCCCACCGACGACCUCGAGGAAGAGGUGGAUGAUCCCGAGGCUGACACUGAGGCUAUUCUUCUACAAGGCUACUAUGACGAGUCAGCGGCAGUGUCCUAUCAACAAAAUCCGGACCCAGACUUGUUAAAACCGAAACCGAAAAAGAAGAAGAAGAAGGUAAAGAAAGUGAAGAAAUCAUUAUCCUCCCGACGAGGCGCUUCUAUAUCUACGCCCGAUGUCGAAGCAGAUCCCAACGGCAACAUAAUCCCCCCUUCAGACAUUAACUCCGAUCAACCCCUAGAACCUUCACCUUCUCAGCCUCCAUCAGAUCCACAGACUCCAUCUCAAACGCCACCUCCAAAACAACAGCCCUCACCCUCCCCUCCACCACCCCGUCCUGAAUCACCCUUCUCAAUAUUCCACACUGCGCCACGCAAAACGAGAACCCAGAUCAAUGCCAGCCUUAUGCCGAAUUCUGCGUCCGUCUCGUUUUCAGUACGAGGCUGGCUGCCCUCCGGUAUCAAGGUCGAGAGUCUGAACAUUGACCCGCGCCGAAGCCGUGGCCUCGGAGAAGGCGUGAAACCCUACAAAGGAGUGAAAUAUAUAUGCGUUAGCCGGCAGGGAAUAGAACGGAGGUGCUAG